CUCCCGCCUAACUCUCAUUCUCCGGCUGACUCUCGCCUUCUACACCGCGCUGGCCGCAGCAGCAGCGGGCGAACAGAAGCCAUUGAUGGCAGAACGCGGGUACAAAGUCGGCGAGCGCAUACCCGUCACAUGUCUGAACAGAACCAUCGACACAGGCGAACACAUCACCGACGCUUCAGGCCAACUCUCCUACAUCCCCGCCUUCACCUGCAACGAAACCGGCCGCCCUCUCGAACUCAUCUUCGGCGUCGAAAAGGACAUAAACUGCACGAUCGACUUCAUCGACGACCCAUUCUUCCACCUCCUAGAAUUCUACGUGCACAACGAUGCACCCCUCACCUGUAGAAUUCCGACAAAACCUUUGCCUUCUUCGGUUUUGAAAGAGGAUUUUGAGAAAGGGACGAAAGACAAUACCGAUGGACAGGGGAGUUUGAGUGAGAUUUAUACGCCUUUGAUUAUUGCUUUGGCCGGCACGUUGCAGCUGAGUCAUUUGCAUGUUGCGACGCAUAUGAAUGUGUUGGUGCAUGCGGUGCCGAAGAGCGUGGAGCCGGGGACGAUUGCGGCGGCGAUUGCGUAUUCUAUAAGUCGGGAUCCGCCUUUGAGGAUUGUGAUUGGGGAUUCGCUGCCUUUGCAGUUCAGUGUCCGGUGGUAUCCUAAUACGCUUCUGCCGAGUGGAUGGCAGGGCGUUGGAGGGCAUUUGACGUUCAGUACGAUGGUUUAUUGUCUGAUCUCUGCGGGAGCCAGUGCGGCGAUAUGUUUGGCAUACUUUAGAGGCGUGGAGCUGCCGAGGAGGCUGAAGAGUCAUGGCAAGGAUAGAUUGGGAGGUAUGGAAAGAGGUGGGUUCGGGAGUGGUCUUGGGAGUGGGCUUGGGAGUGGGCUCGGUGGAUAUGGUAUAUCCGGGGCCAAUGGGUAUGGAUAUGGCAUUGGCAUUGGCAAGAGGGACUGAAAAGAGCUUUUGCAAUCUCAGCAAGAUGUGUACAUGUAUUUCAGCGCGGCGCAUGUGGCGUUGUUGUGCCGAGCAAUCGGCAUUAGGAGUGUGUAUGAAGGUGUUUGUCGACGGGGCACAUGCCAGCUCGCAUAACGAAUUCUUGGCACCG